GCCAGCUAGCGCGGUUAGCCGAAUUUUUGCCCUGAGCGUUUUUGUCCGCAAGCAACUCCACGCCAAUCACGUUGCCACUCCCCAGCAUCGCACCCUUCGAUAUUCGGUGCCAAUUGCAUUUUCCAAUGUUGCGAUCAUCGCUUCGGUCAGCAAGGGUACUCGGCAGCCAGCCCGUAUCGGCUGCUACCGCGCGCCAAUUGCCAAUUGCUGCGCCGCGCCGAGCUAACAGCCGUUUCUAUUCCGACAAGAAGAACGAUGCCGAUCCCUCGAAACCUGCCGUUCUGCCGACGUCCGAGACUCUUACUUCCGAGAAAAGCCCUCUCCCUAGUGCGAAGGAGGCCAUCGAAGAGGUUGUCAAAAACACCCAGAUCCCAUUGACUCCCCCAGAGCCUACUGCAAAGAUUGCUGAGAUUGCUGCCCAAGCCAAGGAGAAGGCUGCCGAGGUCGCCUCCAAGGUUGCUCCCGAGGAGAGCCAGGCCCCUCCUCCCGCACCUCCCAAGAAGCUCGGCUUCUUUGGCCGUCUUCGCCGUCUUGUAAUGACCCUUUUGGUCCUUGGUGUUGUUGGCUUCAGCGGUGGCGUUUGGUACUCUCGCAUUAACGACACUUUCCACGACUUCUUCACCGAGUACAUUCCUUACGGCGAGCAGGUUGUCCUCUACCUUGAGGAGCUCGAGUUCCGCAAGAAGUUCUCCCAGGGCGGCCAGCUUCCUCGCGAGAUUGGCGAGCAGGUCCGUGUUCCCGCCCACAGCGGUGCUUCAUGGCGUGUCGCUGAUAGUGGAGAGCCUGUCUCUCGUCGCGCCAGCUCUGCUGCUUCCAACACCAAGAAGGGCCCCGUCAACCCCGUAACCGAUGCCAGCAAUGCCUCCACCACGGAAUCCCUCGCUGCCCAGGCCCCGGGCGCUGUCAAGGAGAAGGUUUCCGCUGCUGCUUCUGCUGUUGCUUCUGCUGUUACUUCCGCCACCAAGCCUGCGGCCGCCGCCCAGAAGGCCCCUGAAGUUAACGAGCCUUCGCGAUUCCUCCCUCUCGAGCCAAUUGACCUCCUCUCUCUUCCCGAUGCUAAGGAGCCCAUCGUUCAGGAUGUUGUUCGCAUGUUGAAUGACCUCAUUCUCGUCAUCAACGCCGAUGGUGCCCACAGCAAGUACUCGACAACCAUCGACAAGGCUAAGAGCGAGGUUGUCGCCGUUGGCAACAAGCUCAAGGAGAUGAAGGGUGCUGUUGAGAAGAAGGCCGCCACCGAAGUCCGCUCCACCAUCACUGAGUUCGACAAGUCUGCCACCGAGCUUAUCAAGAGAGUUGAGAACACCAUGGCUCAGCAGGAGGUUGCUUGGCGCCAGGAGUUCGAGGAGGAGAUGAACAACGUACGCAAGAGCUACGACGAGCGUGUCGCUCUUUUGAUGGAGCGCGAGAAGGAGCUCAACGAGGAGAAACUUCGCAACCAGCUUCUCGAGCAGGCCGUUGCUUUGAAGAAGGACUUUGUUGCUGAGGUUCAGAGCGCUGUUGAGAAGGAGCGUGAGGGCAGACUUAGCAAGCUCGACGAGCUUUCUGCCACCGUUGCCGAUCUGCAGAAGCUUACUGUUGGCUGGAACAACGUUGUCGAUGCCAACUUGAAGACUCAGCAGAUGCACGUCGCCGUCGAGGCCGUCCGCACCAGCAUUGAGGAGGCUAUUCACCCUCGCCCCUUCAUCAAGGAGCUUGUCGCUCUCAAGGAGAUUGCCACCGACGACGAGGUUGUGGAUGCCGCCAUUGCCUCCGUCAACCCUACUGCCUACCAGAAGGGUGUUCCAUCUACAUCUCACCUCAUUGACAGAUUCCGCCGUGUUGCUAACGAGGUUCGCAAGGCUUCUCUGCUCCCCGACGAUGCCGGUGUGGCCAGCCACGCUUCCAGCUGGGUUCUUAGCCACCUGAUGUUCAAGAAGCAGGGACUUGCUGAUGGCAACGAUGUUGAGAGCAUUCUUACGCGCACGCAAACGCUUUUGGAGGAGGGAGACCUGGACUCUGCCGCUAGAGAGAUGAACGGCCUUCAGGGAUGGGCCAAGACACUGAGCAGAGACUGGCUCGGCGAGGUCCGCAAGGUUUUGGAAGUACAACAAGCCCUUGAUGUUAUUGCCACCGAGGCUCGCCUGCAGAGCUUACGAGUUGACUAAAAGCUGAAAAAAUCUCAUUUGUCGUGUAUAUUGGUCAGGUGGAGAUGGUUCUAGAGGGGUGCUUUUUUAAGCCUAUGUAUUAGAUAUUUCGAUAGACCAUCGAACAAUGGCGUCUUAUUCUGCUAAGCUGUAUCAUGGCCUAAUGAGCUGCCGUGCCGCCUCUGUUAGGGUUACUGCAAACUAAUGCUCGUCCAUCUCAAACUGCGUAAUCAUGUGAUGAUAUUUGUAGUCACUGUUCAUAGAUUUAGUUUGUUCGUAUUCGUUAUUUUUAACAUCGCCAGACUCAUCGCUUGGUGUUGUAACCUCAGUUUUGCUCGGC